CCCUCAUGCUUGCCGUCUGUUGCCAUGGAUACUGCAGCUUAGCGCAAGCUCGUCACACCUGCUAGCUCCUUUAGCUUCUUUUCGAGCACACUUUGCAAGGAUUACUCAAGAAAGUCAUGGCGUCGGGUUUAGAUGCUCUUUGGGAGGACCGAGACGUUCGCUUCGAUAUAACAGCACAGCAGAUGAAAACUCGACCUGGAGAAGUGCUAAUAGAUUGUUUGGACUCCAUCGAGGACACAAAAGGAAAUAACGGAGAUCGAGGGCGACUUCUAGUGACAAACCUGAGGAUUAUUUGGCAUUCGUUGGCCCUGCCGAGAGUCAAUUUAUCUGUGGGUUACAACUCCAUUAUUAACAUCACAACAAGGACAGCAUACUCGAAACUGCGAGGCCAGACCGAAGCCCUCUACAUUCUGACCAAGUCCAACAACACGAGGUUUGAGUUCAUCUUCACUAACGUGGUUCCAGGAAGUCCCCGCCUCUUUACCUCCGUCAUUGCUGUGCACAGGGCCUAUGAAACUUCUAAAAUGUACAGAGAUCUCAAAUUACGGGCUGCGCUUAUUCACAACAAAAACUUGCGUCUCUUACCAAGGGAGCAAGUUUAUGACAAAAUCAAUGGAGUCUGGAAUUUAUCCAGUGAUCAGGGGAACCUAGGAACUUUUUUCAUCACAAAUGUGCGGAUAGUCUGGCAUGCAAAUAUGAACGAGAGCUUCAAUGUCAGCAUUCCUUACCUCCAGAUUUGGUCUAUCAGAAUAAGAGACUCCAAAUUUGGUUUGGCUUUGGUGAUCGAGAGUUCCCGCCAGAGUGGCGGCUAUGUGCUGGGGUUUAAGAUUGACCCUGUGGAUAAACUUCAGGAUGCUCUUAAAGAAAUCAACUCGCUCCACAAGGUGUUCUCUGCCAACCCCGUCUUUGGAGUGGAAUAUGAAAUGGAAGAAAAGCCGCUGCCUUUGGAAGAAGUGACCAUGGAGCAGCCUCCGGAUGACGUGGAAAUUGAGCCUGACGAGCAGACGGAUGCUUUCACUGCCUAUUUCGCUGAUGGCAACAAGCAACAAGACCGUGAACCCGUUUUUUCUGAGGAGCUGGGCCUCGCCAUUGAAAAGCUGAAGGAAGGAUUCACUCUUCAAGGACUGUGGGAAGUCAUAAACUGAAAUUAUAUUGAUCAAUGAUGUUUGGGGUGGGUAACCAUAUGUACCUUCAGUGGAGGUGUUCAAUGUGUUAAUGUCAUGUCCACAGAAAAAAUGUCCAAGAAAUAUCUGUCCACAUAAAAACACCUAAUGUUACUGGCUGUUAUGCACAUUUUAGCCAUUCAGACACCUGAAAACAUGCACGUCUGCCGUUGCACAAAAAGGAAAACCAACAGCACUAAGUCCCUCGCCACAUUACAUUUGUGAGUUUGCAGCUUUACUCUGUCAUGGACUUUUGUUUUUUGGCCCAAGUUAAACUUUGUCAUACAUGAAAACGUCUAAAUGAAGUAAAAAUAUCCAUACUACAGUAAGAUUGGCCACCAGAUGAAACCAAAGCCACCAUAGCGCUGUUCAGUAUCGUGGCCACUGAUUGGCUCAGCCUUAAGCAGCAUUAUUUCAGUGGGGCAAAAACGUAUUUAGUCAGCCAGCGAUUGUGCAAGUUCUCCCACUUCAAAUGAUGACAGAGGUCUGUCAUUUUCAUCAUAGGUACACUUCAACUGUGAGAGACAGAAUGUGAAAAAAAACAAUCAAGGAAUUCACAUUGUAGGAAUAUUAAAGACUUUAUUCGUAAAUGAGGGUGGAAAAUAAGUAUUUGGUCAACCAUUCAAAGCUCUCACUGAUGGAAGGAGGUUUUGGCUCCAAAUCUCACGAUACAUGGCCCCAUUCAUUCUUUCCUUAACACGGAUCAAUCGUCCUGUCCCCUUAGCAGAAAAACAGCCCCAAAGCAUGAUGUUUCCACCCACAUGCUUCACAGUAGGUAUGGUGUUCUCGGGAUGCAACUCAGUAUUCAUCUUCCUCCAAACACGACAAGUUGAGUUUAUUCCAAAACGUUCUAUUUUGGUUUCAUCUGACCACAUGACAUUCUCCCAAUCCUCUGCUGUAUCAUCCAUGUGCUCUCUGGCAAACUUCAGACGGGCCUGGACAUGCACUGGCUUAAGCAGGGGGACACGUCUGGCACUGCAGGAUUUGAUUCCCUGUCGGCGUAGUGUGUUACUGAUGGUAACCUUUGUUACAUUGGUCUCAGCUCUCUGCAGGCCAUUCACCAGGUCCCCCCGUGUGGUUCUGGGAUUUUUGCUCACCGUUCUCAUGAUCAUUUUGACCCCACGGGAUGAGAUCUUGCGUGGAGCCCCAGAUCGAGGGAGAUUAUCAGUGGUCUUGUAUGUCUUCCAUUUUCUGAUAAUUGCUCCCACAGUGGAUUUUUUCACACCAAACUGCUUGCCUAUUGUAGAUUCACUCUUCCCAGUUUGGUGCAGGUCUACAAUUCUUUUCUUGGUGUCCUUCGACAGCUCUUUGGUCUUGGCCAUAGUGGAGUUUGGAGUCUGACUGUUUGAGGCUGUGGACAGGUGUCUUUUGUACAGAUAAGUUCAAACAAGUGCCAUUAAUGCAGGUAACGAGUGGAGGACAGAAGAGUUUCUUAAAGAAGAAGUUACAGGUCUGUGAGAGCCAGAGAUCUUCCUUGUUUGAAGUGACCAAAUACUUAUUUUUCACCAUCAUUUACAAAUAAAUUCUUUAAAAUUCCUACAAUGUGAAUUCCUGGAUUUUCUUUUCACAUUCUGUCUCUCACAGUUGAAGUGUACCUAUGAUGAAAAUGACAGACCUCUGUCAUCAUUUUAAGUGGGAGAACUUGCACAAUCGCUGGCUGACUAAAUACUUUUUUGCCCCACUGUAUGUUGGAUUAGACAAAUGUAAAUGUGGCCAUGUGGGUGGUAUGUCAUGUUUACAAGUUUGAGUUGUGUAAAAAAAACGUGUUUACAAGGUCAUAAAUGUGCAGAAAUGUAUUUUCCACAGUCGGGCCUGCAACAGAUGAAGUGAUGGAUUACUGUACAUUCAUGAUGGGUUGUGUUUCCAAACAAAUACUCUCAGGACACAAACGUAAAAGCUCCAUUUCAGCCGUCUACACACGGUCGCUGCAUUCCCCCUCAAAACACAUGAAAAAAGAUGCGUUUUUAAAUUAUUCAAACAGAUUUGGACAUGGCCUAUUUCUCUCGGGGACUCCCCUACACCCCAAUAAAAAAUAGUUCUGCAGUUUUUUUCUCACCAAAGACUUUCAGCAGAAACUAUGACUCAAUCAAUUUGGCUUUUGACAUAUGUGAUAUUACCUUAGCAGCUUUAAAAAAUGUUUUGUUUUUUCUUAAGCUGCUGUGCCUCCCUUGAAGCCUUCUAGCAUCUCCCAAAUAUAAAAAGCACACACAUGGCCCUUCCAGGUGACCCCACCCAUAGUCUUUGUAGAUAUUCUGAUAAUUAGAUUAUAUUUUUGUAGCAUAGAUAGUUUUUCAUUGUAGUGAAUAUGUAUAUAGCAGAUUUAUUGUAAACUGACUUAUGUAUUGAGUCAAAUAAAUUGAUUUCAAUUAG